UCUGUGGAAAAGAAAAAAGAGAAAAAAUGAAGUAUGCAUUCUUAAUAUUUUUCAUGAAUUUAUUACCACAGUAUGCUGGGAAAUCUUUGAGAAGAGAUGACAGUUACCCAAAAACGUUUGAAGACAUUAAAAAUGAGAUAGCUGGCUAUACUGAUAUUGCUAAAGCUAUUAUUGAUCUUGCCGUUCAUGGAAAAGCUCAGAACAGAUCCUAUGAAAGGUUAGCAGUUUUUGCCGAUAGCAUAGGACCUAGACUCAGCGGUUCAAAAAAUUUAGAUGCAGCCAUCAAGUAUAUGUUCAGUGCCCUGCAGGAAGAUGGGCUGGAAAAUGUGCAUCUGGAGCCUGUGAAAAUACCACACUGGGAAAGAGGAGAAGAGUUUGCAAUGAUGCUGGAACCAAGGAAUCACAGCAUUGCUAUUUUGGGGCUUGGGAGCAGUGUUGCAACUCCUCCAGAAGGAAUUACGGCGGAAGUCAUAGUGGUAGCCUCUUUUGAAGAACUGCAUAAAAGAGCUCAGGAGGCCAAGGGGAAGAUUGUUGUCUACAACGAACCUUUCAUCAAUUAUGGUGAAACUGUGCGAUACAGGUCACAGGGAGCAGUGGAAGCUGCUAAAGUUGGAGCAGUGGCAUCCCUUAUUAGAUCCAUUGCUUCUUUUUCUAUUCAUAGCCCACAUACUGGGUGGCAGAAUUAUCAGCCUGAUGUGCCCCGGAUUCCCACUGCUUGCAUCUCCGUGGAAGAUGCUGAAAUGAUGUCACGGAUGUCUUUCCGGGGCACCAAGAUCGUUGUGCACCUGAAGAUGGGGGCUAAGACCUAUCCAGACUCUCCUUCCUUUAACACAGUGGCAGAGAUAGUUGGAAGCAAGUACCCAGAGCAGAUUGUAUUGGUCAGCGGACAUCUGGACAGCUGGGACGUUGGGCAGGGAGCUAUGGAUGAUGGUGGUGGAGCAUUUAUAUCAUGGGAAGCAUUAUCACUCAUUAAGGAUCUGGGACUUCGCCCAAAAAGGACUCUGCGCUUGGUGCUAUGGACGGCAGAAGAGCAAGGAGGAAUAGGUGCUGAGCAAUACUAUCAGUUGCACAAGGAAAAUAUCUCCAACUUUGAUAUCGUCAUGGAGUCUGAUGAGGGCACCUUCAAGCCAUCUGGACUGGGUUUUACUGGCAAUGCUAAAGCUCGGGACAUCGUGAAAGAGAUCAUGACACUGCUGCAGCCCAUCAAUGUUACGGAUGUUUACGAUGACGCAGAUGGAAUGGACAUCGAUUACUGGAUGAGAGACGGGGUGCCUGGUGCCAGCUUGCGUGAUGACCUCAGUAAAUACUUCUGGUUUCAUCAUUCUCAAGGGGACACGAUGACAGUUCAGGAUCCAAACCAGAUGAAUCUCUGUGCUGCUGUUUGGACUGUUGUCUCCUAUGUAAUUGCCGACAUGGAGGAAAUGUUGCCAAGGUAA